AUGGGAACAUUACUUAACGGUACGAAUAGUCCGCAUACGAAGGCGUUGCAUUUCCGAAAGAAAUUGUUGACCGGUCAGUUUGUUGACGCAAAAAAGAAAACAGCUGAUUUAAGCGCAAGUCGAUUCCAUUGUUUGCGAGCUCAGAACGGCUACGCCGUACAAAGUGGCUAUCAGUUUAUCCGCGUAAAAUGUAUUUAG